UCGGUCGGCCAUCUCGUCCGUUCUCAGCGCGUUCCUUUCAGUUCCAAUUUGUCGAACGCGCACAAUGCUCCGUGGAUUUGUGCAAUCCGAAUCAAGGUGGCCGGUACUUUCACUCCGAGGGAGCCGCGCCGGUCGUUACGCAAUGUAAAACGAGUUGCAUACGUCGCGAGAGAGGAGAGAAAAAACGACGCGUUUUAACGGAAACGUCAGAGUGCGUAUGAUCGGGCGCCGUUUCGACCCUUUGUGUGUGGAUUAACGUGUUUUCCAGAACGCGCGACGCAGCAGCGCCCGAGGUAUUAGAAACAUCCCCCGCUGACCAUUUCUGAUUGGGGCAAAGCAAUGUCGUCGGGAUGAGGGGUAAUUGAAGAUGGCAUCUCCCGCACCGUCAAUCGAGUCGUUACCCAGAGCAAAUUCGAUCGGAUCGUUCGGCGACCAAGGCGAUUACCUGUCCCUUUCCCCGUUGGAAGACUCGCCCCUGUCCGUGAGCGGAUCUUCUCCACCGGUCAGCGACUCGGUGGAUCGCGACAGCGAUCCGUCCGAACUCCAUUGCCAGCAGUGCAGGGAGGCCGUAUCGGACCCGAAACUUUUGGCCUGCUUCCACACGUUCUGCAACUCCUGCUUGGAGAAGAACAAACUCGUCUGCCCGCGGUGCAACACAGAGUCGAUAGAGGGCAUCCUGAACAGUUUGCUGUUUAGUUCGGAUCCGGUCGAGUCGUUCCAAUCGACGACGGUGGUCCGUUGCACCGGCUGCAAACACAAGAAACUAGACGCGGUAGCGCGUUGCGUCGACUGUGCCAAUUUCCUGUGCUCCAACUGCCUGAUGGCGCACCAAUUUAUGCACUGCUUCGAGGGGCACCGCGUGGUCAGCCUCUCCGACAUCAAGGAGGAGCCCAAGAACGGUUUUAAUAACAUGGUGAACGGCGAGAAGAACAUGAUCUGCCCGCGACACAAAUCCGAACUACUCAAGUAUUAUUGCCGCACGUGUUCGGUACCGAUCUGCAAGGAGUGCCUGAACCUCGAACACCCGGUCGGCCUCCACGAGUACGAAUUGGUGAGCGAGGCCGCUCCCAAACAAAUCGAGGCCAUCCAGCACGCCGUCUCGGAGGCGAAACUCAAAGCGACCGACGUGCGGAACAUCCUCAAGAACGUGGAACACGCGUCCAGCCGCCUCCAGGUCCAGUACCACAAGGCGCAGAACGAGAUCAACGAGACGUUCCAGUUCUACAGGUCGAUGCUCGAGGAACGCAAACAGGAACUGCUCAAAGAGUUGGAAAGCGUGUUCUCGGCGAAACAGAUCUCGUUGGGGGUCGCGACCCAGAAGGGCCAAGAGACGGUCGAUCAGAUCUACAAGACGUGCGAGUUCGUCGAACGGCUCAACAAGUGCGCGAACGUCGUCGAAAUUCUGAUGUUUAGGAAAUUGCUUGACGCGAAAUUGCAAGGCCUGCUGACUUACAACGUCGACCAGACGGUGCAGAACGCUUGCGAGUUAGAGUUCGUGAGCAACUACCAAGCGAUCCAGGUGGGAGUGAGGAACACGUUCGGAUACGUGAGGUCCAACUCGGAAGCGGCCUCCGUCGGGCCUAGUAAGCAGCCUCCGAUCGCGAGGCCCACCGGAGGCGGUUCGAGUGGCGGAAGCAGCGUCAACGGUGGUUCCGGGAACGUGGUGUGCUCUUCGUUCUCGAUAUCGAGCCAGUCGACGUCACCGUUCGAGUCCAACAUCAUCAGCAAACGAUUCAGCAGUGCCAACAGCUUGGGACCGUUCUCCACCACCAUCGGAGACCUCAAUUUGAACCCCUACGAGAAAUGGUCGAACGGGGGCGACAGCAUCUUCCAAAAUGGCGCGGUGGAUCCCUACGCGCUCACCAACCACCCGGACCCGAUGGUCGACCUCACGUCGAAACUGUCUGUCGCCAUUUUCCCGCCCAAGUCGCAGAUCAAGCGUCAAAAGAUGAUCUACCAUUGCAAGUUCGGCGAGUUCGGCGUGAUGGAGGGCCAGUUCACCGAACCGAGCGGAGUGGCGGUCAACGCGCAGAACGACAUCAUCGUCGCGGACACCAACAACCACCGCAUCCAGAUCUUCGACAAGGAGGGCCGCUUCAAGUUCCAGUUCGGCGAGUGCGGCAAACGCGACGGCCAACUCCUCUAUCCGAAUCGCGUCGCGGUCGUGCGCACCUCUGGCGACAUCAUAGUCACCGAACGCUCUCCUACCCACCAGAUCCAAAUCUACAACCAGUACGGGCAGUUCGUGAGGAAGUUCGGCGCGAACAUCCUGCAGCAUCCGCGAGGCGUCACGGUCGACAACAAGGGCCGCGUCGUCGUGGUCGAGUGCAAAGUGAUGCGCGUCAUCAUAUUUGACCAAACCGGAGCCGUGCUCCAGAAGUUCGGCUGCUCCAAGCACCUGGAGUUCCCCAACGGGGUGGUCGUCAACGACAAACAGGAGAUCUUCAUCAGCGACAACCGCGCCCAUUGCGUCAAGGUGUUCAGCUACGAGGGCGUCUACCUGCGUCAGAUCGGCGGCGAGGGCGUCACCAACUACCCCAUCGGGGUGGGCAUCAACGCCAGCGGCGAGAUCCUGAUCGCCGACAACCACAACAACUUCAACCUGACCAUAUUCACCCAGGAGGGUCAGUUGGUGUCCGCGUUGGAGAGCAAGGUGAAGCACGCGCAGUGUUUCGACGUCGCUCUGAUGGACGACGGCUCGGUCGUGCUCGCGAGCAAGGAUUACCGUCUCUACAUCUACCGUUACGUGCAGGUACCGCCCAUCGGUCUGUAAAACGUCCCCCGACACUCUUUCUUAAGGCCGGCCCCCCCGCGCGACCGGUCGGUCGAGAAUCGUAACCGGUGAUACUCGAAGAUUUACUGCGCUUUUUCCCCUGCCCCGCCGCCGCCGCCGCCGCGUUUUUGAAACAAUCCUUACCGGAAGAUAUUUUCUUUUAAUCAAUUGAUGUUAUUUGAAAGCGUACCGCCCGAACUAAAAAAAAGUUCCUCGAACAAAUUAUCGAAAAAGAAAAAACACAAUGAUCUUAACAAGAUUUAUUCGGGUUUUAAGUACAUAAAACGUGACGAAGACGGCUCGUUUUGUUUUUUAGUACUAUUCUGCCAUCUGUUGGAUAGAAAUCACGUAUUUAUUUUUGAAACCACGUCUUUAGAAAAUUUAUUUAAAAAAAAAAAUUCAAUGAGGAUCUUUUUAAAAAACACCUUAAAAAUAUUUUUCUAUUUUUAAAUGCAUAAAACAUGGCAAAUUUUAUUGAUAAACGCUAGUCUGUGACUUCAAUUGACGUCUUCAAGCAAAUUAUCGAAAAAGAAAACACAACGAUCUUUUUAGAAAAUGCCUUUAAACUAACAUUUUGUUUUUUAAUACUAAGCUGCCAUCUAUUGGAUAGAAAAUGACGUAUUUAUUUUCACGCCACGUCUUUAUUUAUUUAUUAAUAAAAAAAAAAACAAAUUCGGUAAAGAUCUUAUUAAAACAUUCCCUAAAAAAGUUUUCCUUUUUUGAGUACAUGAAACACGAAACAAAUGUCGUAUAACUCUGCCAAAUUUCGAAAUUUAACUUCAGGUCUUUUUAGAAAAAACUGGCAAAAAAGUCUUUUACGUUUUUAAGUGCGAUAUUGCCGUCCAUUGCAUAAAACAUGCCAAAAAUGACGUAUACUUCGAAGAUUUUUGGAAAAAAUCGAAAAAGUCUCCUGUUUUUAAAUAUGAUGCUGCCAUCUGGUGGAGAGAACCUGUGGCUCCGACAUUGAGACGUUUUAAAGAAAAGUCAGCAAGGAUUUUUUUUUGUUUGUACGAUGCUGCCAUCUGUUAGACAAAUAGUGACGUAUAUGACUUUGAUUGUCGUCUUUGGGCUAAAGAUCAUAAAAAUAAUGAUAACCUUUUUAGAAAACUCCUUUAAAGAAGUCUGUUCCGUUUUCUUCAAAUGCCGUGCUGCCACCUGUUGGAUACAAAAUGCCGUAUUUAUUUUUAAUCGGCAUCUUUGGCAAUGUUAAAAAUAAAAAUCGCACCAAGAUCUUUUUAAAACGCCCUAAAAAGUAUUUUUCUAAUUUUGAAUACAUAAAACAUAACAAAGAUGGCGUAUAACUCAGACAACUUUAGAAAUUUGACUUUAGGUCUUUUUCGAAACAACUGUUUUUAAGCACGAUACCGCCAUCUGUUAGACAGAACCUGUGCCUCCGACGUUGAGAUGUUUUUAGGAAAAGCCAGCAAAGAAAUCUUUUUUUUUUUGGUACGAUGCUGCCAUCUGUUAGACGAGAAGUGACGUAAUGACUAAUUGACGCUCUUGUACGAAUUAUUUUAAAGGAAGGAACUUUUUGUUUUUUACUACGAUGCUAGCAUCUGUUGCAUGAAAAAUGACGUAUUUAUUUUUACACCCCAUCGUUAGACAAUUUAUUAAAAAAAAAACAAUUCAAUGGUCUUUUUUUAGUAUGGUGCUGUUAAAACAUAAACAUUUAAAAAAAAAAAUCAUAUCGAUCUUUUUAGAAAAGGCCUUUAAAGAUAUCAGUUCUGAUUUUUAAUACGGUCUAAUGAACUGACGUAAUUAUUUUUGAUCGAAAUCUUUAAAAAAAUAAUCAAAAAAACUCCAUGGAGAUUUCUUUAAAAAAGGUCUUAAAAAGUCUAUAUGUCAUAUUUUAAAAUUGAAAAACGGUAAAGAUAUCUUAUUGGAUUCGCCAUCUGUUGAAACAGGUAAAAAAAUCUUUUCUGUUUUUAAAUGCUUCAAAAAUUAUCCAAAAAAAAUGCAUAAAAUUCUUUUUAGAGAAAGCCUUAAAAGGAAUCCUUUGUUUUAAGUGUGAGGCUGUCAUCAAUUAGAUAAAACUUAACAACCGAAGCUGUGGAAAAAUCCCUUUUUAGAAAAAAACGAUGAAGAGAUCUUUGUGUUUUUAGGUACGGUGUCGCCAUCUCCGACAUAAAAGAUGACGCAUUUAAUUGUAAUUGACAUAUUUAUACAAUUUAUCAAAGAACAUGCAUAAAACGUCGUUAUGGGAGUUUUGUUUUCUUUUUAAGGACGAUGCUGCUAUCUGUCGGACAAAAGACGACAGAUAGUUCUGCCAAUUUCUGAAAUUUAACUCUUUAAAGGAAUCUGCUUUGCUUUCGAGUACUAUGCUGCCAUCUGUUGGGUUAAAGCGCAUUUAGAGCGGGCCUUUAAAGAAAUCUUACUUUUUAAUCUAUAAUAACUCGUUUGUUCAAUUUCCGCGAAAUUGUUUCGGGCGAUAUUUGUCCUUCACGCUUUCAAAAACAACGCACGGUUCGGUUAUUUCAAAAACGCAUGCGGAAAAAAAGGUGGGUAUUUUUUUGCAUCUCAUCGGUGGGGGAAAAAAGUUCGUACGGCCUUUUUAACUGCGUGGGCGGGUCGGCUUGUUUCGGGACUGCGGAGGAGGUGUCGAUCGACCAAACCCACUUACCACGUUUUUUCAAAACAGGGAUAUUAUCGAAAUUAGGAGAUGUUAAGGGCCGCGCGCAAUCGCGCGACCCUCCCCCACCCCGUUGUUGUAAACUUACAAAACAAAAAAAAAAAACAAAAGAGCAUCGUCGGCGAUGACACGAUCUAUUUUAAUAUGCGUGUGUACGAUGUUGUGUAUGUCUUUUUAGUAGUAGCGUUGUUAUAUAAGCGGGAUGCCUCCGCGUUGUUAGCGACCCUAGUCAUCCGCGAAGGACCUUUGUGUUUAGCCUCCCCGUCACCCUUUGAUGGUACGAGCCCCGUGGUCUACGCCUGGCGGUGACGUGGCGUCAGCCAUUUUGCCCGGUAGGCGACGGACAGACGUUCGCAGACCGUUUAACCGGCGGUGGGCGAGCGGCCAUAGUGGACGCGCCCACCCAAAAGCGUGGAAGAAGAUGUGAGCUACUUUGCGAGUGUCGAAUUUGAGGACGCGAGCCUCCAUUAACAUUAACAUUAGGGAAACGAUGGGCCAUCUGGUCGACAAGCGUUGAAUCGUUUGAUAGCACUCAGUUCAGUACAAUUUGCUUUCACUUAAAAACGCAAAUCGUCGCCAAGAAUCGUUUGAAAUCAUCGAAUUUGCAACUCGAAGAAAUGUAAUAACCCUUACCACGCGUGAUUAAAAACAAUAAGAAAACUACUUAUAAUGUUACAUAAAGAGUUCUACCACCAAGUCUAAACAAUAUUAAAUGAUUUUCUCCGCCUGAAUGAUGUCUAGUAGAUGUCUACUUGAUAAUAUCAAGAAACCAUAUAUAACUUAAAUAGUUCAAUCUCUUUGGAAAUGUAAGGCAUGACGUAACGAAAUCGUCCACUUCGUUAGUGCUGCCAUCUACUGUGGGUUAUGGGCGAAUGGCCAUAGUAGUUUUGCUCGUUUGUGAAACGCGCGAAAAAGUAAACCGCGGUCGUGAGCCGACGAUUUUGAGGUUAGAUUGAUUUUGCGCGGCCAAUUGAAAGAAAAUCGAACGUUUCAAUUGGUGUUGAUGUUAAUGGACGCCCGUGUGAAUCCACCGCUAGAGUUUCCGAUUUUUAGUAUUGCCGAGGCAACAAAUAUCGGUAAACGGCGACGAACUCUGUUAAACGGUCUGCGAUAAUUGAAAAUCCCGCGGAAACUUAAAUGACCGUGUAAAGUGGUUGAACUUUGUCAGCGGCCGUGGUAAAAAGUGCCCUUGUCACGUCACACCGACGCGGCGACGCCGACCACGCCCCCUCACGUAAGCAUGUGUGUGCCGUGCCCAACUUCCGACGAGUUGAUUAGUUAUUAUUAUUUACGUUUAGGUUUGUUUUCUACUUUUGUAAUUUAGUUAAACGCAAGCGUACGUAAGGUGCAUGCAAUAUUACUUUCCACCAUUAUUAUUAUUAUUUUUAUUUUUUUUAUACGAGUUGUAGUUUGUAGUAAUAUAUUUCGUUUGUUGAUGCUGCCAAGUUUAAGAUAGAGGGCGCGCCGCGGAAAAAGUCGCCAAGUAAUUUAUUAGUUUCGUCGCCAGAGGGCGCCGUGUUUUUCUCGCGGUUAGACUAUUUUACUACUGUAGCUAGGUUACGUUUCGUUUUAAUUGGACACCAUCGACGCUUCGAGCGGGGCGAUUCCUAUUUUUUUUUUUUUUAAGAUAAAACUACCCGACCCCCCUCCCUCACCCCGCCCGGCAACGUAAACGACGGCGGGCCGAAGUGAAACUCAUUGUGUAAAAAAUUGGAUCUCUCAAUGCUCUUAGAAAUGUGGUUCUACGUAAUUGAUUUUGGGGUUGUGAUACACUUAACUGACGAGUGUUCCGGUGUCGGUCACCGAAAGUAAAAUACAGGUUUUAGUUUAAUUUUUGACAAACUUUUCAGGAAUAAGUCGGAAUUUCUGCAAAACAUUUGUCGGAUGUCGUGAUAUAUUCCUCAGAACUUCGAGCCCAAUUCAGAAUUUCUGAGAAACAGCUCAGAACUUGUUUCUCAGAAAUUCUGACUUAAGCCAGAAGUGCUGAGAAGUAAGUUCAUAAGUUAUCGCGACAAAAAUUCUUACAAAACAAGUAACAAAUUCUGAUCUCAUUUGUCAGUUAUUUUGACUUAUUUCUCAGAAUUUUUUAACUUAUUUCUCGGUUAUUCUGACUUAUUUCUCAGAAAUUAUGGUUUAUGUUAGAAUUCCUUUAAAACGAUGCAUAAUAAAUAACAAAUUACUACUUAGUCAGAAAUUCUAAGGAAUAAGUCAGAAUAACUGAAAAAUAAGUCAUAAUUUCUAAGAUGCUUAUUGCGGCUAAAAUUCCUAGUUAAUUUUUUACAAAUACUUAUUUCUCAGAUGUUCUGAGUUGUUUUUCAGAAAUUCUGAUUUAUUUCUUGAAUGAUAAUUUCUGAAAAACAGAAAAGAAUUUCUGCAGCCGAAUUUGUGUCUUAAGAAUUUUGACUUAUUUUCCAGAUAUUCUGACUUAUUUCUCGGGUAUUGCGAUUUAUUUCUUAGAACUUAAGUCUUAUGAAAUAAGUCAGAGUAUCCGAGAAAUAAGUUAGAAUUCCUGGGAAAUAAGUGAGAAUAUCUAAGAAAUGCGUUAUAUUUUCUGAGAAACCUUUUGCGACUAAAAUUCUUAGAUACUUAAAAAAUUCUUCAAUUACUUGUCAGUUAUUGUGAAUUUUUUCUCAGAAAAUCGAACUUAUUCCCCAAAAAUUGGCCAAAACCAAACGAAAACCUAUAUUUCUCAUUACGUAGGCACAAUAUUGCUCCAGCUUUCUUUUUUUCUUGAUGUUAAGUAACCGUAUUUGUCACUCACCGGUGACAUUUUCAACAUCAACAUAGGUCGACAAUUCGAAAGCCUCGUUGCUCUCGCACGUCGUUCAGACAGAGAGACAAGUAAAAACACGAUUUGCGUGUUGUGCUUCUUUUUUCUUCUUUUUACAUAUUUUUUCUAUAUAUACUUAAAGUGUAUGAGAGCUUCACUAUCGAGUCGCCGUUAAUAUAUAUUUUUUUAAAACGUUGUUGUUUUUUUAUAAAAGCGCGAUCUCAGACACAAACUCGUCCCCCGCCGGAAGGGGUCACCUCCACCUCCCCCUCAAUUCGCGCCCCCCGCCUCACGCGGCCGCGAUUCUUGAAUAUUGCCAGGGCAUUUUUAUCAUCCUGUCUCUCUCGCUCUUUGUUGACAUUUUUUAGCCAGAUUUUUUUUUAUAUAUUUUAGUUGACUUGUUGCGUAUAGGUUAUGUCGAAAGUCGACUUCUUUCGAGCGUUAAGGUCCCGCUCUCUAUUUUUUUUUACUUUACCGAGAGACUGAUAGACUGUUAAAAAUUACAUAUUGUUUGACGCUGUGGGAGUGAAAAUAUGGCGGUCCGCAAUGGUCAAAAAUCGCGCGUUCCUCGGCUCCCCCCCUCCCGACAAGUUAGUUAUUUGUUGUUUUUAACCGACGCUGUAUUUUUUUCUACUGUUCCUGGACAACCUCGGAUGGGGGGGCGUCGAGGGAAAAAAACCGCGGGAGGGGGACGGGUGUCCCCCAACCCCCCCACACACACACCUUACCGGUAUUUUUUUAUCACUACCCUUAAACUUGUUGUUAUAUUAUUAUUAAUUUAAUCGUAAAACUGUUCUUUAAAUUGAAUUUGUACAUUGUUUUGUUUUUCUUUGAUUUUUUGUUGUAAAUGCUUUUUUUAAUUAAUAAUAAUUUCUUGCAGUUU